AUGUCACGAUACAAACUUUAUUUUUUUAAUGGACGUGGUCGUGCUGAAGUUUCUCGUUUAAUAUUUGCUAUUGCUGGUCAAAAAUAUGAAGAUAUUCGUUAUGAAGGUUCUGAAUGGCCAUCAUAUAAAGCUAAAAUGCCAUUACGUCAAAUGCCUGUUCUAGAAUUUGAAGGUAUAAAAUUACCACAAUCUUUAUCUAUUGCACGUUUUCUUGCUAAACAAUUUAAUUUGGCUGGUAGAGAUAAUUUUGAACAAGCUAAAGUCGAUGCUGUUGCUGAUACAAUUAAUGAUUUAUUAAGAAAAUUUAUUACACCUCGUUUUGAAAAAGAUAAAACAAAAAAACAAGAACUUAUGAAAAAAUUCUUUGAUGAAAAAGUACCUAAAUAUUUACAAAAUUUGAAUGUUUUAGGUAAAUUAUAUAGUAAUGAUGGUCCAUUCUUUGUUGGAAAUCAUUUAACAUGGGCAGAUUUAUUAUUCUAUGAUAUGUUAGAAACUCUUCUUGAAAUAGAUGAAAAUUGUUUAAAUAAUUAUCCAUGAUAUGAAGCAAUUUGUUGUCCAUUUCGAUUACGUACAACAUUUCGUCGUGUACGUCGUAUUAUAAUUUUAUGUUGGUUAUGUUCAUUAAUAAUAGCUAUACCACAAUUAUUUAUAUUUGAACAAAGUUUAAUACCAAAAAGUUUAAUAAAAUAUCGUUGUGCUAGUACAGGUUAUACAGCUGAAUGGCAACGUCGAAUUUAUUUUACAAUAUUUGCUUGUUAUGUUCUUAUUAUACCAGCUAUUUGUAUGACAAUAUGUUAUAUAAAAAUAAUACAUGUUGUUAUAUCAUCAAAAAAUGUUUGGAUACAAAAAAUACAAGAUCAAACAACAACAACAAUUCUUCCAUCACUUUCAACAUCUUUUGCUAAAGUUAAAACAGUUCAAUUAGCAAUGACUAUUAUUAUUGUAUUUGUUGUUUGUUGGACACCUUAUAUAGUUAUUACAUUAAUUGAAAUAUAUUCUAAUGGUUAUUUAUAUAAACCAUUAUGGCUUGAUGGAGUAUUACAAAUAAUAUGUUUAACACAAAGUAGUUUAAAUCCAUUUAUUUAUAUAAUAUUUAAUCAUAAACGUAAACAUUCAUCAACAAUUGUUCUUGUUUUAGCACGAACAAGUUUACAAAUAUCUCGUAGAAGAAUUUAA